AUGUCGCGCGACUUCGACAACAUGUCCGACCUUCAGAGCAUCCCCACAGGGCUCUUGGCCAGCUUCCACAGGCGCUCGAGCCAGUACAGCGACAUGAAGAUCAAGGACAGCAACGGCCACAUCUACAAGGCCCACAAGCUCGUCGUCUGCACCCAGAGCGACUUCUUCAAGAACGCCCUCAAGGAAAACACGUUCAAGGAGAGCCACGACAACCUCGUCCACCUCCCCACGGACGACCCCGCCGCCGUGCGCGCCAUGAUCCAGUACAUGUACACGGGCGCCUACGGGCCCUCGCCCAUCUUCUUCGGCGACGUCGCUGCCAUGCUGCUCUUCCACGUCAACGUCCACGCGCUCGCCGACAAGUACCGCGUCGGCGACACGGCUGCCGUCCGCCGCGCUAACGCCGGCAACAGCAACAAGUACCCAAACAACAACAGCCUCUGCUUCUCGCUCCACGUCCCCGCGCACAAGAACCAGACGCUCGGCCAGAUGGCGUGUGAGCGUCUCGAGCACGACUUGGAGGAGCUGUGGCCCCUUGCGUCGAUGGUGUUUCCGCGUGUGGUUAAGGCGGUUUAUGAGAGUACGCGUGAGGGAGAUGAGAUGAGGAAGAUUGUUGUGCGUAUUGCGGCUAAGCACACGGAUGCCUUGCUUCUGGAGGAUGAGGAGGGCGGCAGUGAUGAGGGCAGUGAGAGCAGCGUCAGUGAUGAUGGCGAGGCCCAGGGUGAGGGCGAGGGCGGCGGAGACGAGGAUGGCGGCGAGGACGAGGGCGAGCUCUUGAACAGCUUUGGCCGCGACAUCUGCGCCGCCUUGGCUAAGGAGAGGGACAGCCUCUUGGCCCAGCUCGAGGCUGUUCAGGGCACGGCUGAUGCGCACAGUGUCUGA